AGCGUCGAGUAAGACACUAGCGAGCAUCCCGAUCCAAGCUUUGCAAGCGGAUUGCUGGGCGUAGUGCACGGCAGAGCUGCCACACGCUACAUAGGACUGGCUGUCUUGGCACGUAGCGCUGUGGACAAGCAAUGAGGAGGCUUGCACUCGCCGUCGUGGCGGCAUGCAGCCUCCAGACCGCCUCCGCGCUGGCAGCCCGGAGGCCCCCGCCGCCAGACCUCACGAAAAUCUACAAGGACACGGUCGCCGCGAAUAACGAGCCGGGCAGCGCAGCCGAGCGACCGAUAAACAAGCAACUCGUUGCCGUCUGCGGCGCGGGUGGCGAUGCGGGCCGCUUCAUAUACGGCUACGUCCAGCGGGCCGCGCAGACCUUCGAGAGCGGCCUCAAGGCGCCGCGCGCCCUUGUCGGCGCCGCGCGCGGCAGCCGAGCGCUCAAUGUGUGUCUGGGGACAUCGUUCAUCCUUGCCUACGCCGACGAGUCGCUCGUCCAGCGGUGCGACUUCCGGGACGACGAAAUCAUCAAGAAGCGCCUCGACGGCUGCAGCAUGGUGGUGGCGCCGUACCGCAUGCGCCCCCAGGGCGCCGUCACCGGAACGGAGUGGUCAUGGGACCUCGACCAGGCCGGCGGCGAGUCGGAGCCGUUCUCGCGGAUCUGCGCAAACGUGCAAGACGCAGCGCACGUCAUCGCCGUCGCGGCGCCCGCCGACGCGGCCGCGGCCCAGUCGGCCCUCGAGGCCUCCGGCGUGCCGCACACGCUCCUGGUCACGAAGGACCUCGCGACCACAAAAAAAUGGAAUCUGAACGAAGGGAUUCAGCAGGUCGUGGGCGCGAAGCGCGGCGCCGAUUCUGCCGGUGAGGUUCAGGUGGAGGACCUCGGCGCGCUCAUCGCCCAGGCCGUCUCGAUCCUGGACCCGACCAAGAGCCGGAUCUUAUCAAUCGGUGCGCUCGCCGACGGCGCCUCUACGCCGCAGGAGUCGCUCGCCAAGGCGAUCAACACCGCGCUCCUCUCGCCGGCGUAGCUAGUCUAUCUACAGAA